GGCGGCGGGCGCGGGCCGGUGCCGCGGCGGGGCCUGCUGGGGACGCCGAGGCCCGAGAUGGCGGCGCCCGGGCUGCUCCUGCUGCUCCUGCCGCUCCUGCCGCUGCGCGCCCGCGCCGACGAGCACGAGCACACGUACCAAGAUAAAGAGGAAGUUGUUCUAUGGAUGAAUACUGUAGGACCCUACCACAAUCGCCAAGAAACUUACAAAUACUUCUCUCUCCCUUUCUGUGUGGGAUCAAAAAAAAGCAUUGGCCAUUACCAUGAAACCCUAGGGGAAGCUCUUCAAGGAGUUGAGUUGGAAUUUAGUGGGCUUGACAUCAAAUUUAAAGAUGAUGUGAUGCAGACCACUUACUGUGAAGUUGACUUGGACAAGGGAAGAAGAGAUGCAUUUGUGUAUGCUAUCAAAAAUCACUAUUGGUACCAGAUGUAUAUUGAUGACUUGCCAAUAUGGGGGAUUGUUGGAGAAGCAGAUGAAAAUGGAGAAGAUUAUUACCUUUGGACUUACAAAAAACUUGAAAUUGGUUUCAACGGAAAUAGAAUUGUAGAUGUCAAUCUGACCAGUGAAGGAAAGGUUAAAUUGGUACCAAACACAAAAAUCCAAAUGUCAUAUUCAGUGAAAUGGAAGAAAUCAGAUGUGAAGUUUGAAGACCGAUUUGACAAGUAUCUUGACCCAUCUUUCUUUCAGCACAGAAUUCACUGGUUUUCAAUUUUCAAUUCUUUUAUGAUGGUGAUCUUUCUGGUUGGCCUGGUGUCUAUGAUAUUAAUGAGAACUUUGCGAAAAGAUUAUGCAAGAUACAGCAAGGAGGAAGAAAUGGAUGAUAUGGACAGAGAUCUAGGUGAUGAGUAUGGGUGGAAGCAGGUCCAUGGAGAUGUGUUUAGACCAUCCAGUCAUCCUCUAAUAUUUUCAUCGCUUAUUGGGUCUGGCUGUCAAAUUUUUGCUGUGUCUCUUAUAGUUAUUAUUGUUGCAAUGAUAGAAGAUUUAUACACAGAGAGAGGAUCAAUGCUUAGUACAGCUAUAUUUGUUUAUGCUGCAACAUCACCAGUGAAUGGAUAUUUUGGAGGAAGCCUUUAUGCUAGACAAGGAGGAAGGCGAUGGAUAAAGCAGAUGUUCAUCGGAGCCUUCCUUAUUCCAGCAAUGGUGUGUGGAACUGCCUUCUUCAUCAACUUCAUUGCCAUCUAUUACCAUGCUUCAAGAGCUAUACCCUUUGCAACCAUGGUGGCAGUGUGCUGUAUUUGUUUCUUUGUCAUCCUUCCACUGAAUCUUGUUGGGACUAUUCUUGGCCGAAAUCUGUCGGGACAGCCUAAUUUCCCAUGUCGUGUCAAUGCAGUGCCUCGUCCUAUACCAGAGAAGAAAUGGUUCAUGGAACCAGCUGUUAUUGUUUGCCUAGGUGGAAUACUCCCUUUUGGAUCAAUUUUUAUUGAAAUGUAUUUCAUUUUUACUUCAUUCUGGGCUUACAAGAUCUACUAUGUUUAUGGCUUUAUGAUGCUGGUUCUGGUUAUCCUGUGCAUUGUGACAGUUUGUGUGACCAUCGUUUGUACGUAUUUCCUGCUAAAUGCAGAGGAUUACAGGUGGCAAUGGACAAGCUUUCUUUCUGCGGCAUCAACUGCGAUUUAUGUUUACAUGUACUCCUUUUACUACUACUUUUUCAAGACAAAGAUGUAUGGCUUGUUUCAAACAUCAUUUUACUUUGGUUAUAUGGCAGUAUUUAGCACAGCUCUGGGAAUAAUGUGUGGAGCUAUUGGUUACAUGGGAACAAGUGCCUUUGUUCGUAAAAUCUACACUAAUGUGAAAAUUGACUAAGGAAAUAAGAAAAUUGAACUAUGGAUCAGCUCCUGUUUUCCUGGGGAUGAAUUUGCACAGCAAAACGCGCGAGAAGAGAUUUGGGUUUUAACACUGGGCACUAUAUGGGUCUCCAUUUCGUGGAUGGCUUAAAGUAACAUCUAUUUCAUUGAUCCUAGGUUCUUACUGACUGCUUUCUCCAACUGUUCACAGCAAAUGCUUGGAUUAUAUGCAGUAGGCAUUACUACAGUAUGUGGCUAAUCUUUCCCCCCCAAAAAACCAACAUCAAAAAACAAAAAACCUAGCUCAUUAAAGAUGAAUAGACUAGCUCUCUUCAGUGAAGAGGACAAACAGUUUGUUUAAAGCAUUUGUUCCAUUCAAUAUAAAGAGGGAAACUUGGCUGCUAAAACUACUUGAUUAGUAGUCUUCCUGGUACUCAACAUUUCUAAAUUAUGUAAAAAUGCUGUUCCAGAAAGAUUACUCUUCUGAUUUUUACUGCCAUUGCCAGGAUAGGAGGUAUGUUUUGUAUUUUCAACUCCAGGUGCUUUUUGGUUUAUUUGCAAUAUCAACUACCCUACACUCAUUUGUUAAAAAAAUAAUUUAAACAUAUAUAAAACUCCCAUAUGCAUGUAAUAUAUCAGCUAUUGCUCUAGUUGGACCAACUUCCCUUUAUUUAUCUUUAAAGUAAUAUCCAGCUACAUCUUAAAUCCAUCCAAAGAAAAUACAGUCUGAAGACGGGAUGUGUUCUCUGCAAUGCAAUUUACUGUACAGUUAGAAAGCAAAAUGUUAAAUGAAGAGGAUUGUUUGUUUUUUAAUAAACACUCUGAGGUCUAGAUUAAAACAAAACCAACGUUUUAACUGAAUGUCUAAAGUGAUUCUCCUUUUUUCCAAGUUAGUCUUGCAUUUUUUUUUUGGGUUUGGGUUGAAUGAAGAUUUUCCUUUAGACAUCAUACAAGGGGUAAUAAGUGUAUAUAACAUUAAAUAAUGUAACUUAGGUGUAGAUCCCAAAUGUAUUUGGAUGUACAGAUUUACUACAGAGUACUUUUUCUGAUGAUUCGGUGUAAAAAUGUGUGAAUUCGGGUGGCUUUUUACAUCUUGCCUGCCAUUGCAUGAAAAGUUGGGGUUUCUUCACAAUGUGUGUAUGUCAUGCUUUUCUGUUCUAUUUCUCAAGCUCUUACAGGAAUUAAAUUUGUAAUUUAGAACAUUUUAAUUUUUGUUAAUCCUAUCUGAACACUUUUGUAACAUCAAAAGCACAGUUGCUUUAGAGUGUUCAGAAAACUAAAAUAAACUUUUCAGACAAAAUGUUUUGAUUGUGAAAAUAGAUGAGUUUGCAAUUGAGAAUGUUUGAAAAGGCAAUACUGCUGAGCACCAAUCUCUGUAUACAAUAUUAGCGUGGUUUUCAUCUAUCAAUCCCCCUUGCUUUGAAUUCAGAAUUUGCUUACAACUGUUUUGUACAAUACAACUCCAAAGUGAGUGACCAACCCAAAAAGAUUCUUCUUGGCUGUGGCAAAGUGUUUUGUGAUCCAGCCAGUGUACUGGGAAAAGUGGGGGUAAGUGUGGACUGAAAUAAAUGGGCAAAUAAAGGUUAAGUCUUUCUAAGAUGACUGUUAAUUAUGCACUGUAUUUAGUUAGAAAUAUCCUGAAUGUGUUUGUGACAGAUUUGAGAGCCAGUGGCUUGAUUUUUUCAUGGGGUUUUUUUUUUUAGACAUCUGCCAUGUAGGAAUGUUUUCAUCAGUGUGGCUAUCUGAAAUAGAGCACCUGCCAUGUAAAAGGAAACUUCCUGAAUUUAAAAAAUGAGCCAAAUAUUUGUAUUGAUUAGCACUGUACUGUUUCUAUAUAAAACGUACAGAUAAUGCACUAGCCACAAUGAGAAACAUCCGUAUUUAGCUUGGUGAACCGUACAGGUAGGUAAUAGAGGGAAGCAGUGCAUCCUUGCUGCAUAUGGCUUCUGAAAAGUAUUUUAGCUUUUAGCUCUGAUUUCCCUGGCCAAUUUUAACUAAUCUGUCAGAAAAUAAUUAAGUUUUGCUUCAAGUGAAUCAUUGGUGUCUGUAGGUGAACACUCUGCUGCACAACAGAAUAAUUUUUUGUCUGUUUUGUUUUGAAGUACAGGCCAAUUUUAAGAUGAGCUUAUAAACUGGGUCAACAGUUAGUUCAUCUUUGUUCCAAAACAUGGAGACUUAAAGCAAAGAAUGGAUUUUGUACUAGUAUUUGCUGUGGGAAGCCCUCUGUUCCUUCUAAAUCUGAAGUGAGAAGCCAUUUUCUCCAUAUAAUAAAUACAUUAAGUACUCUG